CUUGGGCUAUUGGCACUGGGCCCAUUUCCGAGGCUCUUGCUGUCUUCCAUUUGGUCCCCCAAAUCAACCGCCCUGAAUCUCUCUGCCUGUUGAAAUCGGUUGGAGCGGGACGGGAGGCUCUGUUCGUCGUCUAUAUAGCCUCCCUCCAUCGCCGUCCUCCCCUCCCAUUGUUUCUUCUUUCUUGCGAAGCUAUUCGACCCGAGGCGAGAUGGCGGGCAAGCGGAAGGCCGGCGACGACAUUCCCGGGGCAAGGCAUCGGGCUGCGCGGACGGACACUGCAGCCGGCGACGACGUUGCCGGUACUUCGGCGCAGACUGCAGGGCCGACGGCGAAUGCAGGCGGCGACAGCACUGCCGGGACUUCGAAGGCGCUCGCAGGGCCGACGGCGGCGACUACGCCCAGCGCUGUAGGCUUCCCCGGCGCCUCUCCCCAGUCCGGUGGAGUUGCAGUUGCAGUUGCAGGCCGCGGGGGCGGGGUCGGGUUGGGGCAGAGGGGAUCCGCUCGGCCGCACCGGCAGGCGCUUGCAGGGCAUACGGCGAUUACACCAGCCUUCGCUGUAGGCUAUCCCGGCGGCUCGUCCCAGUUCGGCGGAGCUGCUCGCGGGGAAUUCUCCCAGUGGCAUUGGAGGGCGCCGACGACGCCGGUGCUCCGGCCGCCGCUGGGCAAUCCAGCCGUUGUGAAUGCGCCCAUCCCGUACCAGUACCACGCGCCGACCGGCUAUGAUUUCUUCCCCGGCCAGAACCAGAUCGCCGGCCCCUGGCAAACAGGAACAGGGCAGCCGCGCGGCGACUCCGGCAGGCUUCCGGCGUGCAUUCCUUGCGGAGCGCCGACCGCCUGGGUUUUGGGCUCGGCGCCAUUGUGCGAGUAUUGCUACAACAACUACCUCCUCGCCAACAGCGUGCUCCAGCAGCACCCGCAGAUGGGCUACGUGCUCCCGAGUCCAGUCCCCACCUACGCCGGUGCGCCUCGGGGCCAGCAGCGCCAGCCCGACCGCCGCCUUCCUCGGCCUUCUUCCGCGGCGCCGGGGCAGCAGCCUUCUUCACCGGCACUGGUCGCCGCCGACCCACGACCGAGGGCGCCAGGUGCUCAGUGGUGCCCUGUUUGCCGUGCGCCCACCACGCGGGUUUUGUGCCUGGAGCCCCCGCGCGAAGACGAGGUUUGCCGCGACUAUCUCCUCGCCAGCAACGUGCUUCAGCAGCACCGGCGGAUGGGCUACGUGAUCCCGGGUCCAGUCCACAGCAACGCCAGUUCUUCUUCUAGCACGGCGCCCGAGCAGCAGCCAUCUCCACGGGAGUAGAAUGUAGGGCAUAUCUCGUCGCUCCAAUCAGUUUACGGCAUUACUGUGUCUGUCAGUGAGAAAGUCUUCUGAACUCCGGGAGGGAGCCUUUUCUGCUUGCUCUGUUUUGACAAAGAUGCUUGCUCUGUUUUGACAGAGAUGAUGCUCUCACUCUGAGUAGUGAUGAUUCUUGUGAUGAUACGCCUAUUGAUCUGGACAAAUUAAAUGUGGCAAUACAUACAUACUUGUGCUUGUUUCC